AUGACAUCGUCAACAAAUGGGCCAGGCCCGUCAGGAAAAUGGACAUGCGAAUUCUGCCCAGAGAGCUUUGCUCGGAAAGAGCAUCUCCAGCGCCAUGAAUUCAGCCAUCUCGGAUUGAAGCCGUUUCGGUGCGAUCUGUGUAGUAAGAAGACUAACGAUUACAGGGAUACUUUGAGAAAACACCAAGCCACCCAUUCCAGAGAAAGUGAUGGGGAAGAACCACCUUGCACCCGCGGACGUCGGCGGUCCCAGAAAGCGUGCCUGAAUUGUGCCAAGGCAAAGCAACGCUGCAAUGGCAAGUCGCCAUGUCGUAGGUGUGUUAAGCGAAACAUACAAUGUGCAUUUCCAAAGCCAAUCCCCGCAACGGAGGAUCCUCCACUAAUAGAGACGCCGGAAUUUGUCCAUUCUACGCUCCUCCUGAAUGACAACCCUGCGUUCAUUUCAACUGGCAGUGGUGAUCAUGUGACUUUCAACGAACAGCCUGUACAAGUUGGUCACUUUCCAUUCGAAGACUUGGCAGCUUCUUCGGGAUCUGGCGAGCAACAUCGAGAAGACUAUAGCAUGUACCCUAUGGGUCACCCCAGUGAAAAUGCUAUUCAUCCACAUGUGUUAUCACUACCUAGCCAAGGUUUAGGCGACGCUAUGGCAGUGGACAUGAAUAUAAGUCUACCAUCAGGUGGAUCAGUCUCCUCAGUCUCCACUAGGGAAGACAACGAUGAUAUCCCUUCGUCGCAAAGUGAUUUCUUCACGCCAGAAGAGUCUCAGGCUCACCGUCACUGCUGCACUCGGUUCCCAGAAACUCAGCCAGAUGAAGACGUAAUUGCAGCUGAGAAUUAUGGGCAUGUUAGGCCCAUACCGCACAAGCAAUAUCUACAAAUCUUUGGCUAUUGGAAAAGUCAGCAAUGUCCCUCGUGUGCAUCACCUUUCAUCAGCCUUUCCUUCCUGAACGCAAUGGUCCAGCUCUACUUCGAACACCAUGACCCCUGGAUGCCUUUUGUUCAUCGAUUCUCUUUCGACAAGGAAGGUGUCUCCUGGGUUCUCAUUCUAGCGGUGGCAUCUGUCGGGUGUCAAUACUCUAAUGUGGAGGGCUCGGAGCUCUAUAUCCUAGGUCUACAGGACCUUCUACAGAAGGCGCUUCCGAAGGAUGCCACGGAAACUAUCUCUUUUGACCAAACCACUCUUGCGCAGUGUCUUCUUCUACGCAAUACAGGUCUCUUAUUUAGCGGUUACGAAGAUGAGAUCCUUACGUCUCAGUACCAGAGGAAUAUGCUCACUUCGGUCGCUAAAUCAGUCUCUGCCAACGUUGCAGACAAUAUACCUUCUUCAAAUAAUCUGGACACAUAUGAACAGUGGCGUCGGUGGGUGGAGUCAGAGUCUCAGAGAAGAAUCAUCUACUGUAUAUAUGGUGAGAACACUCCUUAUAUACCACAAAACCACAAAGCUUAUCUUAACGGUACAGUAAUUGAAUGCUGCUAUUGGAUAUUCAAGGAUGUGCCCUCAUCAAUGACCCUUGACGAUCUCAAGAUAGCUCUACCUUGCAAAGAUAUUUUAUGGACAUCUGAUUUCGAAAUGUCACAGAAACAUAGCCUUGCCAAUCCAGAAAACACGCCAAGUCUAAAAACUGCGUUCUCUAACCCAGACUUACUGAAUGAUCUACUCAACGAUAACUCCAACCUCAGCAAUCUUGUAAUACUCCUAACAUUCAACAUCGAAGAAAGACGUCUCUUGCGAUCCACACAGCCAUGGUUCGCAGCCGACAUGGCCACAGGUCUCAACGAGCGGAAGCUAUAUAAAUGGCCCGACGAACUAGCAUCCUUCCGAACAGCGCUGGACGAUAAAUGCGACCCUACAAUCAAACGUUUCUCCGUGCUCAAAUCCAUAUCGAACAAUGCACCUACCUUCCUAAAGGUGAUGUUUCACGUCACCAACAUACUCCGGCGCAUGCCACUGCGCUGUUUAUAUACUUUGAGCGGAUGGCAAGUCACCGUGAACCAGAUGACCGCCGCCGCUACAUCCCUGUCACAUUGGAUGCAGCAAAAUCCAACACUAGCCCGAGAAACUCUUCUACAAGCAACUACAUUGUUUGGAGUUCUCUAUGACGAGACUACAGGACCAGGCUGUCACCACCUCGCCUUUCUCGUCGCGGGUCUCUAUAUCUGGGCUUAUUGCAUCGUGGGCGGAGAAGAUGGCAGUACGGGAGCGAACCAAGUAUGGAAAAUCAGUCAGCCACCCCUUCGGCCUGAUAAAACAGUCCCCGAUGAUAUGAAAGAGUCCUGGAUCCAAGGCACGCUAGAAGCUCCUAUCUAUGUCAAAGGAGGGGGUAUUUUGAGCGGCCCGGAGAGUGCGACCCGUGUUCUCAAAGGCUUUAGACUCGCCCUGUCGAGUCACACGUCUUGGCCUUCUCUUCGGCAUGGGCUGAUAUACUCAAUUUCGGAGAUGAUAGAGGGGAGGUUCGCGUCGCAUAGCCCGGAGUUGAAGUCUAGUGGACAGAGGAAGAGCGUGAUUAGGGGAAGUCAAGCUUAG